GGCAAAUAUCUUGCGGAGCGCGUCCCGGAGAGGAGAGCGCGUCCCCCCUUCCGUGUCUGCGUGCAGUGUGUCCGCUCCUCAGCUUCUCAAGCGGUAGCGUGCGCGCGGAGAUGGCGACUACGGAGGCGGCGGCGGCGACACCGGUGGCGCCGGCAGAGGGGUCGGUGAUCGCGAUCCACAGCCUCGACGAGUGGAGCAUCCAGAUCGAGGAGGCCAACAGCGCCAAGAAGCUGGUGGUGAUUGACUUCACUGCUACUUGGUGUCCACCAUGCCGCAUGAUAGCUCCAGUUUUUGCUGAACUGGCCAAGAAGCACCCAAAUGUUGUUUUCCUGAAAGUUGAUGUUGAUGAAAUGAAGACCAUUGCUGAGCAAUUCAGUGUUGAGGCCAUGCCAACAUUCCUGUUCAUGAGGGAGGGCGACGUCAAGGACAGGGUUGUCGGCGCAGCAAAGGAAGAGCUAGCAAAUAAGCUUCAACUGCAGAUGGCCCAGUAGACCAGUAAUGCUGUAAUGAAGUAGUAUUCGCCUAAAUAAGAAGACGCCUCAACUCUGGGAGAACUGUGCUUCUGUGAUGGUACUUCGUGUGAGAACUAGUGCCUCUGUGAUGUUACUUCGUAUGUAGUAUUAACUCUUAUCCUACUAUGUUGUUUAGUUUCUGGAUACUGAUUGCAUAAUGCCCUGCUUGAUCCAGCUUUUGCUUUUCAUACCAUGUUUUAUCUUUCAGCUGAUGUGCUAUAAUGGUGAAUCAGAGUCAUUUAAUAUCUUGUUAUUUGCCUAACUAUUAGUCUAAUAUUUUUUAUGGUAUUUGCCUAGCUGCCACUCAAGUUCUUGUUUAGCCACAAUGCGUGGGUUCUUUCGGACCGUCUUCUCAUGCCACUAUGCUUCCUCUCCUUGAGCUCUCAAGUUUCCAGCUUUACGGUCAUGGUGUGGUAUUAUUGAGAACUGAUAUCUGCAUGUUCAUCUCCAGAAAAAUAUUGAAUGGGAUAUAUUCUUUUCUUCAUCUGUUGCCAUCUCAUCGGUCCAAACUCGUGCUCUUGCACUGAAAAGGCAAUUUACCAGCUGCUGAGGAUCUUGUAACUAUUUUGAUAUCUAGACAGGUUUAAGAGAGAAGAAAGGAUUUCGAUAUCUGACAGGUUUCAGAGAGAAGAAAGGUUUCUUGAAACUUUGGGUGAGAUUCUUAUCUUGCAAGAAAUGCCACCGCCACAAGCCAUGACCAUGCGACAUGACUCAUAAAAGAAGCCAUCUCGGCAUCUUGUAGAUGAACAACAAUUCCAAUUCCAUUCAUUACCGUUUCUUGCUGGUUUUUUUCCUUCAAUUCUCGUUCAGUUUCAUCGCCUUCCUUCAUGGAUCAAUGCGUUGGCUUUCCAUGAUCUGCUUCUGCCACUUCAAGAGCCCCCGCUGGUCAGGUCAGUGCAUCCAGUCAGGCGAGUCGUCUGCCGCUAUGGAGGUAAGCCGGGCAGCCAUACGCGGCAUCCGGGAGAGCCUCCGCACGGUGCAGGGCAGCCUGCUGCGCCUGGAGGUGGUGGUGCUCCUGAGCGCGCUCAUCCUCGCCGCCCUGGUGCUCUACGGCUCCGCCAACCGCCGGAGCAGCGACAAGCUGCUCCGCGGCGCCAUGUGGAUGGCCUACUCCAUGUCCUACGUUGUGGUCUCCUACGCCGUGGGGAUCAUCCAGGACGGGCCCUUCCGCGGCGAGACGUUCGUGCUCUGGGCGGCGGCGCUGCUCCUCAUCCAGGCGAGCGCGUACUCGGCGCCCGUGCACAGCCGCCGCGACGUGGACCAGCGCAAGAAGCUGCUGCUGCAGCACGUCCUCCAGACGUGCCUCGUGCUCUGGCUCAUCAUCAACGCCACCGGCCGCAACGCCAGCUACCGCGCCGCCAUCUGGGCGUUCUGGGCGCUCAACGUGCUCAAGACGGCGGCCAAGAUCGCCGAGAUGAUCGAGGCCAGCCGCCCCGACCUGUCCGUCAGGGUGGUCGCCGAGUACAUGGCCGAGUACGUCGCCGACGGCGACCAGCAGCCUGUCGCUGACCCCGCUACCAUGCAAGGGUACGCCUACAUCUUCCACGGCGAGGAGGUGAUGGAGCCGCUCAUCCACACCGGCGGCCACCGCGUCCGGGAAAACAUGCUCUCCCAGAGCGCCGCCAAGUCGGUCGUCACCAUCGACCAAGUCUACCGUUGGAUCGAUCAGCAGCCGGACAGCGACGUCGAGAAGGACACGGCCAGGGACUUCUGCCUCGCGUUCGCGCUGUUCAAGCUGCUGAAGCGCCGCUUCUACGGGUACGUCCCGGCGGAGGCCGGCUCGGCGAAGGCGCGCGGCCUCGUCCUGAACGGGCUCAUCCACAUGGGCACCACCGGCCCUGACGCCGCGUUCCGGGUCGUCGAGGCGGAGCUCGCCUUCCUCUACGACUUCUUCUACACCAGGAACAUCGUGCUGGUGGGGGCCAAGACGUACAUCUGCAUCGCCGUCGCCGUGGCGGGGCUGACCAUGUGGACGGCGUUCUUCGGCACGCUCGGCCCCGGCUACCACCGCCUCCGCAUCGGCGUGCGCGACCUCGACCGCUCCGUCACCAUGCUCGUCGUCGUGAUCACCGCGGGGCUGGAGGUGUUCCAGGCGGUGGCCGGCUUCUCCUCCAACUGGAGGUACGUCAAGACCGUGUACCGCUGCGUGCGCGACGACCGGCCGUGGUCGGGGCGGCGGCUGGGCCACCACCUGUGGUGGAAGCAGAGCAUCACGCCGCCGGAGACGAGGUACUGGGAGGACAAGGUCGGCCAGUACGUGCUCCUGAAGCGGUUCAACCGCCGGCCGUGCAACCUGCUCUCGUGGCUGACGCUCUACCUGGUGGAGCCGCGGCGGCAGGGGCAGAAGCGGGGCCGGAGGAAGCCGCUGCAGCCCGAGGUGAAGCGCGCCGUGCUCCUCUGGCUGAAGCAGAGCCACUGCCAGCUCAGCAAUGGCGUGGUGACCCUGCGAAAGCACCACCUGCUGCCGCGUCUGGGAUGGGCGUGCAGGCUUCCCAAGGUCACCGAUCAGAUCCUGGCGUGGCACGUGGUGACCACGAGCUGCGACUGGUCUUACGAUUUCCAUCCAGCUGGGCGCGCCGCAGUCGGCGACGAGCACCACCGGCUCGUCGCGAAGAAGCUGUCCAACUACUGCGCCUACCUGGUGGCGUUCGUGCCGGAGAUGCUGCCGGACCCCAGCAACAACGCCGAGCAGAUCUUCGACACGGCGGUGCAGCAGGCGCGGGACCACCUCGACGGCUGCAGGACGAAGAGCGACAUAAUCGCCAGGCUAGAGGAGAUGGAGGUCGCAGAGCGGCCGUACGUGCAGGAAAGUGGCACGUACGAUAGAGCCGCCGGCGCCACCGUCAUCGAGAGGGCGGCGGUGCUGUGGGGGCAGCUCAGGGCGGCCUCUGGAGGCGACGACGCGCGGCAGUGGGAAGUGCUGGCCGAGUUCUGGACGGAGCUCGUGCUGUUCCUCGCGCCCUCGGACAACGUGGACGUACAUGCCGAGAUGCUCGGCGCCGGCGGCGAGUUCAUGACGCAGCUGUGGGCGCUGCUGUCUCAUGCCGGCGUCCUGGAGCGACCGCCGAUCAUGCAGAGGCAAUGAUGGAGUGAUUAUUAAUAGUAGGUUGGUUGACAUUGACUGGAAAACCCGCAAACAAAAAAAAGGAAAAACAUGUCUUGCAUCAAGGGCAAGCAAGAAGGUGCUAUGCAUGUUCUUGUUUUUUAACUAUCGAAACGAGAGUUGCCGAUUAUAUAUUAAAA